AUGCAUGUACAUGCAGCAGAGAACCUGCUUCCCCUUCUCAAACCCGGCGCACGCGUCCUCGACGUAGGCUCCGGCUCAGGCUUCCUAAGCGCCAUAUUCUACCACCUCGUCACGCCCGACGGCAUCAAAGGCAAAGUAGUAGGCAUCGAGCACAUCCCCGAGCUCGUCGACUGGAGCCUCUCAAACCUCCGUCGCGACGGCUUAGGUGAAGCAAUCGACGCGGGCCGCAUCGUGAUGAUCACCGGCGACGGUCGACAAGGUGCACCUGAACAUGGCCCGUAUGAUGUGAUUCAUGUUGGUGCGGCUGCACCGAGUAUGCCAGGGGAGCUGGUUGAGCAGCUGAAGAGGCCGGGGAGGAUGUUUGUUCCUGUGGGCCCCGAUGGCGGGUCGCAGGCGGUGUGGCAGGUCGAUAAGGAUGAGGAGGGGAAUGUUACGGAGAAGAAGUUGUUUGGUGUGAUGUAUGUGCCUUUGACGGACAGGAAGAAGUCCGUAAGCCCGUGA